AUGCGGUUUUUGUCCAUGGUGCCCAGUACGAUGCCGAAAGGAAAAAGCAUGAGCGAGCUUGGACUGAUGGUCAUGCCCAUGUCAUUUGUGCUACUAAGUCAUUUGGCAUGGGUAUUGAUAAAAAAGAUGUGCGGUUUUGUUUUGUACAUGUCAUUUCCAGAGAGUCUUGAAGACUAUUAUCAAGAAAUUGGCCGUGCUGGAAAGGAUGGAGAGCCUGCUGCUUGUACAUUGUUUUUUAAGCAUGAGGAUAGGUCUUUCCAUCUUCACAAUAUUGUUAAAAUUGAGGACAAAGAGUAUCAAAAACAUAACUACAAUUUGCUUAACCAAAUUGUUAACUAUUGUGACAAUAACAUGUGUCGGCACAAGCAAAUCUUGUUGUAUUUUGAGGAGAAUGUUGCAGAAUGUGAAGACAAAUGCGACUUUUGUACUAGCAACAAAACAGUCGAAUUGAAAGAUCGCACUUCAGUGUCAAAAAUAAUUGUGCAAGGUCUGUUGGCAAUGGAAGAAAGGAAAAAAAAAGAUAACAGUUUUGCUAUUAACACAGUUCUUGCUUGGGUCUUGUGCCACUGAACUACAAGUUUUAUCAUUAAAUAUGGUUAAAGAAUUUGGUUCUGCAAAACCUCAUUACAGGCAGAGAAAUGGAAGGAAGCAACUACAGAGAUUGAUCUUCCAUCUCAUUGUUAUUGGGAUCAUUAAAGAAGAACCAGCUGGUACUGCAGACAGGCCUUCUGUUGUUUUGGCAACAGGUAACACAAAGAAACUAAUGGAUGGUUAG